GAAGGUUGGCAAAAUUUGCACCGGCCCAGUGUCAGGGUUUCAGUUUUACUUUCCAUUCUUGUUCCAUGCGUUUAUUGGCCCGAAAUUAGGGCUUUUUUUUUUCUUAUUGAAUUUGAAAUGUGUUAUAUUUUCCGUCUCUCUUUCUCAGCCGCCCAAAUUUUCGAUUUUGUUUCGAAGAACUGGAAUUAUGUGUGUGAUUGUGAUACUACUGUUUGUUUUCACUGUGAUCGAGCUCGCUAUAGAAAUGAUGAUUCGGCCUCCAUGUAGAAGAGAAAUGGUGGUGGUGAAUGAGCGCCGCAGCUCGAAGGAGAAAUUGAAAUGUUUUAUAUUUUCCAUCUCUCUUUCUCAGACGCCCAAAUUUUUGAUUUUGUUUCGAAGAAAUGAAAUUAUGUGUGUGAUUGUGAUACUACUGUUUGUUUUCACUGUGAUUGAGCUCGUUGUAGAAGUGAUGAUUCGGCCUCCAUGUAGAAGAGAAAUGGUGGUGGUGAAUGAGCGCUGCAGCUCGAAGGGGAAUUCUGGAGGAGAAGGGUUUUUUGGGUAUAUGAGAGCACUGUGGAUGCAGUUGCUUCCGGUCAUAUUGCAUAUUGUGGAGGUCUGGCCUGUUCUUUAUUCUACAGCUGAGAGUGAGGCUCCGCUGGAGGAGAACUCGAAUCCAACCCAAGUCGCAGAAUCGGAAAAAUCUGUUCUUGAGGGCCUGCCUCAGGACAUUCUAGUUAGGAUAUUAUGUUGGACGAGCCAUGAUGAUCUGGAGCAGCUUUUCCACGUUUCCAAAGCAAUAAGAGAAGCUACUCUGAUUGCAAAAAGACUGCAUUUUGCAUACAGCACGCCUCCUCCAAAGAUUCGUGCUCCCCGAACGGAUUUUAAAGAGACAAGCAAUUUGGAUGAGGAGAUUCAACCUCCCAAUGCUCCUAAAAGAUCAUCCAGCCUCUGGCGAAAGAAUCGGAGUGAAAUCUCAAGGAAGACAUUGCCAUUAGAAAUUGAUAUGUAACUUCACGGGCGGUGGUCAUUUUCUGAAGGUUCUGUAAUUGCAGUGUUGGUAUAUAUGAAUUUAGGUGGCUAGAUGAGGAUAGGAAUAAUGGGUAUUCCAUUGGCAGAAGACAACUCAUUCAUUGAUGUAAAUGUCGACAACAUUUGCCAGCCAUUUCUUCUUCCAACCCUUUCGUUGAAGAUGUGUUGGCUUGGCUUCUUCAUAACGUGCAGGAUUACUGCGUAUUCUGGCCCUGCAUUUGUGUACAAAUGACACUGACUAUUCCAUUCACCUAAAUAAAAUAAGCAGUGCGCCUUCUUUUUUAA